AUGAACGCUACAGCCGCCGCUGGAAUCGGGCUCGCUUUAAUCUUACUCAUCUUAUAUGUUAAAUGGAAAUGGCGAAGCCCUAAGCCUGCAACCACCUAUCACAUUACCAGCCCCCCAGUUCAAUUAGUGCACCGAUUAUGUCCCCAUAACAAUGUGGUCCAAAGCUUCGAGGUCGAACAAAAGGACAGUCUUGAUGAACAUUUGGACGUUUUAACGAGGAAACUCGCUGAAAAGGAAGGCCGACUUCGCAUCUCAAAAUCAAAGGUCCGCGAGACCCAAAACGAAAUAGAAAAUCUCCACGCUAUCGACACUGACGUUAGGAUAAAAUAUCGCGAGAUAAUGGAUUCAUUAAAAAAUGAUUUGUUAGACAACGAGAAGGAAUGCAAGAAGUUACAAGAACAAAUCGAGUGGGUAUCGAGACGACGCGCUGAGCUCAGGGAUGAGGUGCGUCGAGGUCAACGUCUUUACGGCGAGGCGGCGACAGAGCUAGCCAGCAACCUAUCAGAGCUUCAACGCGGUCGCUCAAUAGAACACAAAGUGACAGACAAACCGUACAAACAAACCUCCCAUCUCUCCCUCCGCCAUAGAAAAGAACCUACUCUACCCAAAACUUCACCUAUGACCUCAUUGAUUAUGAAAACAUCGCACAUGUCUAACGACUCUUUCAGAGUUGCCGAACACUAU